UAUGAAGUCGACAGACUCCUUUUAAAAAUGCAUUAUAUUCGUGUUUGCAUUUUCUUUAUUCAGUUCAGUGAGUGAGAAAUGUUUUAGUCCUGUUGUUACUUGGAAUUGUAUACAUUUGUUGGUAGUUGGUUUUUCUUCUUAAUUGAAGCAGAAUUGUGAAUUCUGGUUUUGUUAGAUAAGACAAUUGCAUUGCUGUUGAUAGCUUGUUGCAUUUUUUUAGUAUGGCGUCGUUCUUGAAAGGUGUUGUCUUGUUUUUAGAUAGUGUCUGUAAUAUUUUCCGUGUUGUAGAAAUUAAAUCAUCCGCUAACCGUCUUAGUGAUUAAUAUUAGUCUGAAGCCUUUUGUGCGUAGCGUGGUAUUUUCCACUGAAUUUAAAAAAAUAACUGAUAAGUUUUGUGAAGCAAAGCCAGUGGUCAGGCUAACAGCUACUGUGGGUCCAAGUGUCAAAUUUACAGUCCCAUAAUAAAAUAAUAUGCAUUUCGAUGGCAGCAAAGCCCACAUAAGUGGACUUGUAACAAAAUAAUGUGCUUAAACUUUUUACUUGGCAAAGCGGUUGCAGAAUCUCUUUGAGGUGCACGCUUUUCGGGGAGUGAGGGGUUUGAAAAACGGCACCAAAUAUUUGGAUCUGGAUAUUUUGUGUUUCUUUUUUUUAUUGUGGUGGGGGUUUGCAAUCAGUGUAAAAUCCUGGAAGUUGGUGACGUAGCAAGCAAAGUUCAUGGCUUUGGAAAGCGAAAUCCUCUCCUGGAGUGCCUUUUUUAAAAAUGCAAACGUUGACAGGAGAUCAGCCCCAAAGCGAUGCUCCUUUGCAAAGAUACUAGAGCUGUUGGGCUCAUUGUGUACUUGACGAUCUGCCACCUUCCCGGGGAAAAAGUUCCAGUUUAGGAUAAAGCAGAAAGGUGCAUAAUAAUUUGGAGGUGGGUGGGGGGAGUUGGAAAUCUUUGUAGCCUUGGCCAGUCCCAGCCCCAGAGAGAGUCAGAGAGAGAGAGAGUGAGAGACGAUAGGAGGAGAAGCUGCUGCUGCAUCUAGGAAUAUGAAUUUCCCCCCCUCAGCAGGUCGGAUCACCUCGGCUCCAUGGAUGACAGUGAAGCUGGGAGACAGCAGCGGGGAGGAAGGGGUGAAAAAGCUAGGCAAGCGAGCAGGAGAUGAGGAGUCCCUGGAAGAAGAAGAAGGGGCAGGAAGAGGAGAGGCAGCUCCAAGCAGGAGCAGCACAAAGAAAGAAGAUAAGAUUAUUAACAACAACACUAAUAACCCCUCAUCCAGCCCCAGUUUACACCAAGAGCCGUCCUCUCUUCAGCCCUCCCACAGCCAGGACCAGCAUCAUUUUCUGAGGUCCAGUGUCAGACCUCAGAGCAAGAGGUUAAGGAAGGAUUCUCAGGCAUCCUGCUCUGUUGGCAAUAGCAGCAGCACUACUGCAAAAGGAAAAGGUAUAGAUAAUGGAGGGACCUCAUCCUGUAGUACAUCAGGAAUUCCUCCCAGCACUCCUGCUGGGACUUCUAAGACUGCCACAAGAAAUUUGGGGACCUCAAGUGGGGAGAAGGAGGAAGGAAAAAAGGUCAGACGUCAAUGGGAAUCAUGGAGCACAGAGGACAAGAAUACCUUCUUUGAAGGACUUUAUGAGCACGGGAAGGACUUUGAAGCUAUUCAGAACAAUAUUGCCCUGAAGUACAAGAAGAAAGGCAAACCAGCAAGUAUGGUGAAGAACAAAGAGCAGGUCCGGCACUUCUACUACCGCACCUGGCACAAGAUCUCUAAAUAUAUUGAUUUUGAUAAUGUGUUUUCUCAAGGCCUGAAAAAAUCCUCCCUGGAGCUUUAUGGCUUAGUCUGUUAUGGGGAACUAAGGAAGAAGAUUGGGGGCUGUAUGGAUGAUAAAAAUGCAACAAAACUUAAUGAGCUCAUUCAAAUUGGGGCCACAACUGUUCGCUACAAAGGGAGAAACCUUCGAAUCAAAGCUCCAAUGUGCAGGGCAUUGAAGAAACUUUGUGACCCAGAUGGCAUUAGUGAUGAGGAGGAUCAGAAGCCAGUGCGUCUUCCUCUGAGGGUCCCUGUGGAGUUACAGCCACGAAAUAAUCAUGCAUGGGCUCGGGUACAGAGCCUUGCCCAGAAUCCACGGCUCAGAAUGAUAGUGGAGUUACAUCGGAAGGUCUCCAGCCUCAUUGAGUUCCUGAAACAGAAGUGGGCUCUCCAUGAAGUGCGCAUUCGUAAAACACUAGAAGAACGGCAGCUUCAGGACUGCAGAGAUUCAGAAGCAAGAAGCAAUCUCUCAGAGGAAAAAAUGAUGCUUCAUCUCUUCCCCGGGGAGAACUGCACACUCACCCCUCUCCCAGAGGUGUCCAGAGUGGUCCACUCCAAGGCGUUCUGCACAGUGCAUUGGCAGGAAACUGGCAAAUGCAAACAGAACACAAAAGAUGCUCACUUAUUGCCUCCUGCCCAAAUCCUAGGCAUACAGAGUGGGCAGGGGACAGCCAGAGGGCAGCUAAAGUAUCCUCGGGGAUCUGAGGGGAAGAGUGGCACAAGGACAGAGAGCACUACAGAGCCAGGCAGAACCUCUCAGCCUACGGCGGAAGUGUCUGCAUGCUCCGGAGAUGUCUCCCCAGAGAAUGGCUUGACAGAAGGCCCUCUUUGUUUCAGUAUCACAAACUCUCUUGAAAAAUCACCUUCUGGACUUCAGGACCCAGGAGGGAGUCUGGAGAAGCUGAUCCCCAUGGCUUUCCGUGCCGAGGGUGAGGAGACCCAAGCCAGUGACCAGGAAACCAAGCUACCGUCAUGCAGCCCAGCUUGUGUUUGCAGCAAGAUCCCUGACCUGGAGGAACUCUCUCUGCUUGAUCCAUUCCCUCGGUAUAUGAAGUCCUGUCAGGAUCUGAUUGUCCCAGAGAAAUGUUUUUGCACAGACAAACUGCAAGAGAAAGACCCUGUUGACUCAGCUGAAAGUGCCUCUCCAGUGACUUUUCCAUCUGAGAGUGCAGAGGCAGCUGAUCCUUGUUCUGCACAGCUGACAAGAGGUGGAAUAGCAUCGCCUGGCAGUAGCCUGCCCAGCUUUGAAACUCAAGCUAGCCACAACCAGGGAUUGCAACAUGAUGGUCUUACUAAGGAUUUACAAGAUGCAGUAGUGGAGGAGACUCAAGAGAAGCUGAGCCCUUCAUUUCUGCAUCCACCUCAGGGACAACCUUCGGCAAAGCCUCUCAAGGAUGACCCAAGCCGGCUUGCUCAACAGGUCAGAGAGGAGGGGUGGAGUCUGCGAACCUCUGAGAGCCUUACAUUGGCUGAAGUCUACCUCAUGAUGGGCAAGCCAAACAAACUGCAGCUGGAAUAUGACUGGCUAGCUGUGUUAGGGCCAGAAACCCAGGAUUCUAGGGAGGAAACAUCUGAACCCAGUGCUGUACCCAUAUCUUCCACCUUUCAGAAGCAAAGACUCCUCAACUGCCUUUUAAAACUCAUCUCCACUGAAGUCAACCCCAAACCAAUCCCUGAGAUGAACUCUGUCGCCACAUCCCCUAUAAAGCCUGCUCACGAAGAGCAAUCACUGACUCCUCCUGGGAAGGUGAUUGCCAUCAGCACCAGGAGUCCAGGCUGUACCCGGAACCAAACUGCCCUUCGCAACAAGACCUUGUCUCCCAGUGUUAGUUCCAGCUCCUCAGGUGUGAGAAACCUCUCUAGACCUCUCUUGGCAGCUGGUCCCUCGAGUUCUGGAGGAGCUGAUGCAGACGGUGGGCUCUUUGCAGUUCCCACGACUCUACCACCCAAUAGCCGACAUGGAAAGCUGUUUUUGCCUAGUAAGGAAGCAGAACUGACCUUCCGACAACACUUGGACACAAUCAGUAUGCAGUCAGACUACUUUUUGCCAAAACCAAGGAGAUUGCGGAACAGGCACCUGCGGAAGCCAUUAGUGGUACAGAGAACACUGCUCCCCAGGCCAUCAGGAAAUCCGUCCCAGCAUGUCUGCUCCUUCUCUAUCUUAUCCAACUCUUCCAUAACAGGGAGAGGGUCAUUUCGGCCAAUCCAGUCUUCACUGACUAAAGCUGCCGUUUCUCGACCCAUUGUGCCCAAGGUUCUUCCAGCACAAGCUACCAACCAUCUGUCCAGUGCUAUUGACUUGGCAGCUAAAAGUGCUGGUAUUAUCCCUGGCAGCCCCCUGCCUGCUCUGGAUUCUGAGGGCUUGUCAGGUGUGUCUCCGCUGUCACCAGACUGUGUGGCUGCAGUUGUCACGGGGCAGGAGUUGGAUGGGGCAGAUGAAAAUGGAGGCUCCAUCACCACAGUAGGGGGUUCAAGUAACGGGUGUCGGGUUCCUUUCGUUAAUCUGCCCGCACAGCAUGAGCAGGAGGUGGUCCCUGAGGGCUUCCAGCAGGACACAUCAGUCCUUUCUCUGUCAGAACUGUCCAAGACACCUCUCCAGAAUGGUCUUUCUACCCCACCGCUUCUUCCAUCACAGGCCUCCAGUACCCAUCUGUCUCCUCCCAACGUCUCCGCUCUGCUGGAUAUCUCUCUGCCUGGACCACCUGAAGAUGUGCUUUCUCAGGGAGAGCCUGCCUCGCAAAUAAGUGACUCUAUCAUUGAAAUCGCUAUCAGCUCUGGUCAAUACAGUGAAGGUGUUUCUCUCUCCCCUGCAAAACUGAAUGGUAGUGACAGCUCCAAAAGUCUUCCAUCCCCCUCCAGCAGUCCUCAGCAGAACUGGAUUGCCUCUCCAAGCCAUGAUCCACAGUGGUACCCCAAUGACUCUACCGACUCAUCUCUCAGCAGCCUGUUUUCAAGUUUCAUCUCCCCUGAAAAGGGCCGGAAAAUGUUGCCGACUCCUGCUGGUACUGCCAGUGGCACUUCCUUAUUGGGACCCAGCCUGCUGGAUGGAAACUCACGGGAUUCUUUUGUGUCUCGCUCUCUGGCAGACGUAGCAGAGGUUGUGGAUUCCCAGCUGGCUUGCAUGAUGAAUGAGAACAGCAUAGAUUACAUCUCUCGUUUCAACGAUCUUGCCCAGGAGCUAUCAAUACCUGAGCCAACUCGUAGGGAAAUCCUCUUUGAUGGAGGAGGCGGUGGCCCCCCAAUUGGUGAUCUCUCACAGUGAGCAUAAGAGACCAGUAGGCUGGUGGAGACUGUUCAUCUUAGUGGAACUUAUUGUACUGGAUUUGGGAGGCAAGUGGAGGAUAUGCAAAUGAUGUCCAAAUGCCCUCAACCAGUGCCCACCUUUCUAGAAGAACAGCGUUGUCUUUAGAGGUCUGAACAAAUAUCUGCAAGUCCUAGAAUGUGCAAUACGUUGGGGAACAAUGUGGAACAUUAUUACAGGGAGUGAUGUGUCUGCAUCAGUGAUAUGAGAUGGUGAAUAAAUGAGUUUGAGAUGGUCCGGGAUUUGUACUUUGGCAUGGCCUAGGCAAGAAGCUUAGGCAAGAAUAUGGCUGGAAACUUCUUCAAUGUGAAUCUUGUUUUUUGCAUGAUGAUCAGCUUCCCAUGAUUUGCAAUCCAUGUUGAGACUGAGGGGUGGAGGGAGACCGAAAUCCUCCUCCUAUUCGCAUUCUGAAACAUCCUGCUCUGCACGAUUGUCAUAUCAGUCAAACUGAAGUUUCUUGCACUCCCCUGAAAGGCACCAUUAUUCUGCAAUGCUGGUGUUGCCAUUUUAUACAUUGUUUCUUUGGCUACUCCUUGUUUUAUGAACAUUCCAGACAGGUAGAUGCCUGCAUUCUUGUUUUUUUGUUUUUUGUAAAUCCUACUCUGUCACAGCCACCAUUCUUCUGAUUGUAUCUACUCUUUUUAGCAGGCUGACAGUAUUUUUCAUUGCAUUGGACAGUGACACACACACACACCACCACCUAUGAGAGUGUUUUCCCUAAAGAGAUGGUUACUUAUCAAGAGAGGAAACAUUGCAGAAAGGAGUCUCCCUGGAAUCACUCUUAAAUCUUUGUCUUGGUAGUUUUUUGUUAGGAAACCCAUAUAUCCCCAUCUUUCUCCACAUAAACCAGAUCAAUCAUCUCAUUGAGGAUUCUUAUGGGCAGUGAGAUACAAAAGAAUAAUGUUCAUUUAAAGGUACAAAUAUUUUAAAACUCAGAUUGUUGAAAUCCAUCUUGCCAUGCAAAUGAGGAGGAGAGGUAUCCAGUCUCAACUUCAACUGAACUCUCCACUCUGUCCUUGCCUAGCUAAUUCUGGGUGCUCGGUAGUACCCCAGAACAUCGUUUCUCACUGUCGUCCCUCUCUGGCACUGUUAUAUGUUUCUGUUGUAUUGCAUUUUAAUGCCUGAAAGACCCAGGUCCUGAUUUCAGCACGUCCAAAGGAGUUCUAGUAACGUUACUUCCUUUACAGUUGGCUUUUCUUUUUCUUCUAAUUGCUCAGGAUACUUCCUUCUUCCAGAUCUUUUCCCAUCAGUCUUAAGAAGGAUACUUUUACUUGCUUGUGUUUAAAGCAUUUAUCUGUACCCCCCAGUAAAAAGAUUCAUCUUGACUAUUUUAAGUAGCUCUGAAGCUGUCGUAGGAGUCAGUCCUAUAUAAACCUCAAACUUUUAUAUUUUUUUACACAAACACACGGACACACACACACACUGUGUGUAUAUGAAAAACACACAAACCGUCUAUCCUUAAGGCCAUUACGAGGGCUUCUUUUUCUUAAAAUGCACUAUGCUCUGGAUGUGGCUUUACUUACUUACUCCUACAAAACAUUUGACUGGGAGUCUUGUGACUGUGUUGCCCACAAAGCACUGGUUGGAUAUACAGUGUUCCCUGUCGUUUUACCCUUACCCCGUUAGACUUUUUUUAUAUUGGUUGGUAUUUUCUUUGCCUUGUGCUUUAAGAUAAAAUUUAACCAGUUUUCUGAUGAUCAUACUUGAUGAUCCAGAACAGGAUUUUUUAUCUCCUUCUCUAAUGGGUGGCAAGAUUUGGAGGACACUUGUUUGGUUCAUGUUGCAGGAUGCCUGGUGUCUGGUUGCUUCAUUCUCCUCUUGGAUGUGGGAGCCACCUGCCCAGUUAGACACAACAUUGGUAUAACUGGGUAUUCCUUCAGGGACUCACAUCUACAUUACUAGCAAGCCAUGGGUCAGCACGCUAAGAGGGGACAGUUUUCAUAUUAAUAAGCUAAUUCCCUGCUUUAGCUUUGGGUCACCUGGAACCUAUCCUCUCAGAAUAUGUAUUCCAGAAGCCAUUCACAAAUUGUAGGGCUUCUCACAGUUCUAGAAUACAAGCAUAUUUGAGGUUUCCAGACAAACAUACACUUAGUCAUGCAUAUUUAUUUCUGAAGGGUUCACACUUGGUAGAAACUAGUAUUUCCAUUAAUUAUACUGUUUUAAUCUUUCCAGUGAUUAUUGUAGUUCAGAUGUCUUUCAGUCCAGUCUUUCUUAAAGCACCAAUUCCUAGUUUUGACUACCCACAUUAGUAGUUCUGUCUGUUUUCUCCAGAAAUACUUCUGCUAACCCAUGUUAGCAAAACUGAGGCUUCCUAGUAUAGAUGGAUUAUAAUGGAUUAUCUAAACAUAGUAACAUUUAGAAGGACACAUGACAAGUUUUAGUCAGAUGCAACAAAUCUGAAUCUCUAGUUGGUUUUCAUUUCUUAAAUGGUGAGAGGUUAGCCUUAUGCUGGCAAAUAUAUUUGAUUACUGCAGUCUUCCUCCAUGUCCCCAAAACAGCUAUUGAUAAUAGGAUUUCACCCAGAUCUGUUUAUGAGUCUGUCACCAGAAUGCAGGGAGCUGUCUGUAGCCCAUAUGCCUUGCUACAAGAAAAACAACCAUUAGAGAAAGAAGCUCAUAUAGUGGGUAUUGCUUAUAAUCUAUGAAGCCAGCACAUUUUAAUAUUCUGACCUUCUCAAGACAGAACAGGAGUGCUAGGUGGUAGGUAGGGAGGCAGAUGCAUAGAAUAGGCAGAGCCAUCAUUCAGCACCCAGAAAUUCUAUGGUAAAAAUUUGGUUAACCUUUUAAAAAAUUCUUAUAAACACAUAUUUGAACAUCCUCUACUUUCUCCAUGGCCACCUCCUUCCCUCCCCUCUUUCUGAUAUUUCCAGUGUACAGAAUAUUCCCACCUGCUCUAUCUGAUCUCUGAUUCAGGAAUGUUGGAUACCCUGUGUAUUACAUUAUAAUAGCAAAACCCAACUAAAUCGAAGUUUCUCGUUUCAAAGUUUUCCCUGAUGAAAAACUUGGAUAUAAUGAUAAAUUCAGAUCAAUACAGACAUUAGUAACUUGGCAAAAUUGCUUUGUAGCACACAGUGGAAGAAGGCUUUCUGUAGGAAUUGGCAGAUUGCUAGCAGAUGCCCCAGAGUAUGCUGGACUUCUUCAGGUUCAAAGUAGGAAAAUAAAAUUUGAAUUGUGCUGUAUCAGAACAACUUUGGUGACUAUAAUCUUCUCCAGAACAGAUGUUCAAGUGACUUGCUAGUCAACUGCAAGCAGGAUUGUUUCAGGCAAGUAACACUUAUCUUCAGACCUGUACAAGGCACUGUGAGGAGGCUGGAGGUGAGAAUGGACAUUGAAAACCUCCAUUUUUUUUGUGUUAGUUCCUAGAAAGCUUGUGCUCUGACUGAGCGUUUAGGGUCUUUCUUUUUAACUUCAGUUGUUUGGGUGCCAAGUCUAUGAGCGUACAUGAAAUGAUGUAACUGGCUUCCUUAUAUUCCCCUAAGGGAAUAUAAACAUAAAUUUGUCAUCGUAAUCUGGGUAUAAAGCAAUACUACAGCCACCUCUUUCUGCGUGUUGUGUACUUAGUGAUGGGCCAGCUACUAGAGUGUUAGAUUCUGCUCAGCCAAACAAUUCAUUCUGUCCUUUUAUCACUAAAUCCACCAAGCAUAGGAAUUUUAAUUGGUUUUUAAAAUGGCAUCGUUUAACUUUUCCUUGGCACCCUCCUUAUUUAUAUUUCUAAAUUAAAUUAUAUAGCUUGGACCACACCUAAUCUGCCAGGAAAGCUCCUCUACUGACUCUGCCAAUCCCGCAGUGGAAAUUACUGUUGCAUUUUUUUACACUCAAAAUUCCAAUGCAUUUAUAAGGAAAGUGCUGCACUUUUUAAACCUUUUCAACCUUUAAAUCUCCUGAGUUCACAAUGGUUUAUAAAUAUUAAAUAAGUGAAACCUUGGCAAGCACUACGGCAAUAAGUUAUCAUUUGUUACUGGAACAUGAUAACUGGCUUUAGAGCUUUUGGUUUGGCAGCAAAAUUUAUUGCUGUUUCUUUUAAUAAUAGUUAAGCCAUAUCAUCUAAGGUUUUUGGCUUGUUUGAGAUGUGAAUUUGUUUUAUAGAUUAUAAAUAUACAUAUAUAGUGUAUGUAUAAAGCAGAAUGACUGUCCCUACUGAUUAUUUUUUGUAUCAUAUUGUAAAUUAUAUUAUUUAUUCUUUACCAAUUUUGGAAAAAGGUGUUUUGUUUAUUUAAUAUAAUAUACAAAAGCUGUUAAACUUCUGUUUAAAUUUCCAAUUCAACUUGUAAAGCUGUUUUUAUUGUGCAUAAAUACAUACUAAUACUUGGUCUAACAGGUGUUCAGAUAUUUGUUACAUGUACAGUUUCUGCCUUGUAGUCUAUUAAGGUUUUUUGAGUUUUUAACAGUAUUUACUUUGUAGUGACUGGUGCUCCCAUUAGGGUUAUAGCCACACUUUAUAUCCAUGUCUAGCCACAGCUCAUUUUUGCGAAUAUGGAUGCAGCUACAAAUUUUGUGUCUAGAACCCUGCAAAUGUGAAGAUACCUGCAGAUAUAAAGUAGAUAUCUGUGGCUCAUUUUUGCAGAUGCAGAUACAAAUUUUGUAUCCGUGCAAGGUAGAUAGGCUCUACCCAUUGGAGACAAUGUAAUUGAGAUUUGUCCUCAAAAUUUAAAUUCUUGGGGUGAAUUCCUGGCUCCAUUGAAGUGAAAUUCCUAUUGAUUUUGGUGUGGCUACAAUUUUUCACCCCUUCUGUCUAGAAGAUCAGGAUGAGAUCAGUAUCUUACAACUCCCCUCCCCACUCUCAUCAGUCUUAGCAACAUUGGUCCUUACCUGAGUUAUAUGGACAACUAGAGGCUUCAAGGAGCCGUCUGGUCACAUAAUCCUGUCCCCUUUUUCCAGCUGCUCUACAUCAUAGUUGAAAGUUACCUUCAUACUAUUACUUUUCCUACAUAUAAGCAAUCGUUGUAGUUGCCCUGUGGUGAUAAACAAAGCUGGAUAAAUGAGAGAGGUGGUGGAAUGUUCAGCUGGAAAAGGGAGUAGGUCAAGUAUCUGGAUCACUAAGGGUUCAUCUAGACUGAGGAAUUUAGGUAAAUUAAUCCAGAUUAAAUAAAGUUGUAAAUCUAAAGUACAUUCAUUCAGUGACAUUAACAGUUGUGUAGGCACUCAUUUGGAAUUACAAUGGUCUUAAUUUGGUUUAGUUAAUUCACAGGAAUUAAGUUGAACUGAAUUAAAAGGAUUUUAAUGUCAGGCGAGUGUCCAUGUAGAGUCUUAAUGUGGUUUAACGUGGUUAAUUUGGAAUAAUUUUCCUGCCUGUCCCAGUAUAAAAGUACCUUAAGAUACAUUCCAUUCUACAAAAAAGUUCAAACUCCCUAUAACACAUUUCUUGUUGCUCUUAACCCUAGUCAUUCUUAUAUUCUUAAUGUCAUGCCUGUACUUAUUCAGUUUUACAGUUUAGAGUCCUGCAAUUGAGGUAUUUGGUUUUGUGCCAUCUGAACAAAACUUCCAAAAGCUCUAGAUUUGAUUUUUUUUUGAGGAGGGGCAGGGGGAAGGAGUGGCAGAGAAUAUAAAUAAAACCUAAUAAUUUUGUAUUUUUUGUUAAUACUUCUUUUUCUUCCAAAGAAGCCCCUCCAUUACGUAUUACAGAGAAAGAAGAGAAGAGGGAUAGCUAUCUUUAAGGUAGUGUGUCAUAAACCAUGAAGCCUGUGUAGUAAGUGAACCUGAAUGUUGUUUUACAAUGGAGAAAAAUAACAAAAGCCUAGGGCAGUGCUCAGGAAGAUGAGGACGGAAGAUCUUCCAUUAAAGUGAUCCCCAGGUACAAGCUUUCAUCAAAACUUCUUCUAGUAUCUUAGCAACAAAAUUGCCUGUGAUUUAUUGCCUAGAUACAAUUACAUUUUAUGAAACAAGGUUCCUUGUGACAGUUAUUCUCCUGCCAACACUGUCAAAUGCUGCUUACAAAAGCAGUGAUAGGAUUGAACUUUUAAGCCUGUGAUCAUCUAAUGGCCAGAGAAAAACUUAGUCUAAGCUGCAACUGAAGGAAUUCUAGGUAUGCCUUUUUGGUGUGCAUUUAGGGUGAGUAGGUAAGGAGGAUCUUUCAGUGGAUUUGCUCUUGACAUUUGUGGGGGGAGGCAGCAG